GGGGAAUGGCCAGAGCAUCUUUCAUAGUUCCCUCACUUUCAAAGCCAGCUGAAGGCAAGAGGAGAGAGCUCCUUCAGUGUCUUUCUGACUGUCUGCACCUGCUUGUCAGAAGGCUGAAAGAUGAUGGCAGGAAUGAACAUCCAGCUGGUGUGCCUGAUGCUUCUGGCUUUCAGCUCCUGGAGCCUGUGCUCAGACUCAGAAGAGGACAUGAGAGCAUUAGAGGCAGAUUUAUUGACAAACAUGCACGCAUCAAAGAUCGGUAAAGCAAGUCCUCCCUCUUGGAAAAUGACCUUGCUAAAUGUGUGCAGCCUUAUAAAUAACCUGAACAGCCCAGCAGAGGAAGCAGGAGAAACACACGAAGAUGAUCUCGUUGGGAAAAGGAAACUUCCCCUUGUUCUAGAUGGCUUUAGCUUGGAAGCAAUGCUGACCAUAUUCCAGCUCCAGAAAAUUUGCCACAGCAGGGCUUUUCAGCACUGGGAGAUAAUCCAGGAAGAUAUUCUUGAUAAUGGCAAUGGCAAAGAUGAGAAGGAGGAAGUGAUAAAGAGAAAAAUCCCUUACAUUCUGAAAAGGCAGCUAUAUGAGAAUAAACCUAGAAGGCCCUACAUACUGAAGAGGGGAACCUACUACUACUGAGAAGCUGGUUCUUGACCCGUGAUUGUGAUUGAUCACCUUUCAUCUAGAUAUAUAAUCAUAUGCUUAUCUAGAUAUAUAAUUACAUGUGUGUGUAAAUGUGACAGAACUUGAUUAUUUCAUCUCUUCCACUAUUGUGGUGUAUUGGCUGUUAUUUUUCUGCAUUCAUGUAAAUUGAACUAAAUGUUUUCAAAUAAAUGUAGAUCUUGAGCAUGA